AAUGUUUACAUCGGUGUUCUGGCGCGAAACUGUUCAAGCGACUUGGCUGAAGUGCUUUCGGCGGAAAUUCUCUAACAUGACUACUGCCUCCGGUUCUAAGUGGCGAUCAUUGCUUUGUGAAUCAUCUCAACUCCAGCUGAAGGCAACGCUGCUCGGUGGUCAAAGCUUCCGUUGGAAAGAUCGUAAAUCAACUGGAAAAGAUCAAUCGGAUGAUGCAAACGGUGAGUUCAUCGGCGUGUUUGCCAACAUUGUAUGGUUGCUGCGCCAAACGGAACGGGAACUACAGUACCGGAUCGUCGGUGAGCAACCGUACCCGAACGCGUCUGUCAAUGCGCCACAGACUCCGGCAGAUAGUAAGGCUCCCGAGGGUAACAAUCUGGCUCAGGUUCGGAUGAAGCUGCCGGAGCCGAAGGAGUUUGCCAAGCAUAGCGAAUUGCUGUACCCUGCCGCGCACUAUGAGCAAUUGUUACGGAUCUACUUUCGCCUGGACGUUGAUCUGGAGCAACACUAUCGCAAAUGGAUCGAGUGCCACGAUCACUUCGCUAACAGCGCUCACCGGUUUUAUGCUGUACGGCAGCUGGAUCAGGAUCCGGUUGAGAAUCUGUUCAGCUUCAUCUGCUCUCAGAACAACCACAUCACAAGAAUCUCGGAUCUGGUAGAGAAGCUAUGCACGAACUAUGGAGACAAGAUUUGCGACUUCGAAGGCACCACGUAUUGGAACUUUCCCUCAGUCGAGGCCCUGGCGGACGGCGCGGUCGAGGGACGAUUGCGUGAGCUUGGAUUCGGGUAUCGCGCCAAGUACAUACAAGGUUCUGCGGCUAAAAUCCUAUCGCUCGGUGGUCUCGAAUGGUUCCGACGCCUAACCGAGCUGGACUACAAGGCGGCCCGUACGGAACUGAUCGGAUUGCCGGGUAUCGGACCGAAGGUGGCCGAUUGUGUGUGUUUGAUGUCACUGAACCAUCUGCAGGCCAUCCCGGUCGAUACGCACGUCUUUCAGCUGGCAAAGCACUAUCUGCACGGGCUCGGUAACAAAACGCAGGCCGUCACCGACAAGCAGUACGUGCUGGUGGCGGAUAAAUUUCGCGAGAUCUACGGCCCGUACGCUGGCUGGGCACAGACCGUGCUGUUCUGUUCCGAUUUGCGGCAGUUUAAGGAUCGAAACGAAAACAACGCACCACCGGACGAUAAGGUACCGGCAUCGAAGAAGAAAGCAAAGAACGGGAACUGACGGAAGCGAUAGAAAGGGAUGGCCAUGAGCAUAAGGGGCAUAU